AACGUAAAAAGAUCCAGGAAACCUGGUCAGACGGGAUCUUCAACACAAAUUAUCCCCAGAAUCGCUUUUCUGUUGAAGAAAGACAGCACUGACCAAUUUGCAUGUCUUUAAAUAAAAGGGUCUUUUUGAUUACAACAAAAUAAAAAGUUUUAGCCUCUGUCUCCUUUUUCAGUAAAGCAGAACGAUAAGUGGAAGAGAUCAUUUUAAAAGACAAACUUGGGGAAAAUCAUGAGCAGGCGACAUAAAAUUCAGAGUUCAAUACGAGACUGGCAAUGAAAACUAAUAAAACAAUAUGAGCCGUGUGUUAUUAUGUGUCAGAGAUCAGUCUUCCAAGGAACUCAAGAAUCCCCCAGAUUGCAGUAAGGCGAGGAAGCUGGUGUGUAACAUCAACAAGGGCUGCGGUUACGGCUGCCAGCUCCACCACGUCGUCUACUGCUUCAUGAUCGCGUACGGCACCCAGCGCACGCUCAUCCUGGAGUCGCACAACUGGCGCUACGCCCCCGGCGGCUGGGAGACCGUCUUUCUGCCCGUCAGCAACACGUGCACUGACCGGUCCGGGGCUUCCACUGGACACUGGUCAGGUGAGGCUCAUGAUAAGGACGUUCAAGUUGUGGAGUUGCCCAUUGUGGACAGUCUACACCCUCGGCCCCCCUACUUACCUCUGGCAAUCCCGGAGGACCUGGCCCCGCGUCUGCAGCGUCUGCAUGGCGACCCGUCUGUCUGGUGGGUGUCGCAGUUCGUCAAGUAUCUUGUUCGCCCUCAGGCGUGGCUGGAAAAGGAGAUCCAGCAGACCACCGCCAAGCUGGGCUUCAAACAUCCCAUCAUCGGGGUCCAUGUGAGGAGGACGGAUAAGGUGGGCACGGAGGCAGCCUUCCAUCCAAUAGAGGAGUACAUGAAGCACGUGGAGGAGCAAUUCCAGCUUCUAGCCAGACGCGCCAAUCUUGACAAGAAGCGGGUUUAUUUGGCCACAGACGAUCCCUCCCUGCUGCAGGAAGCUAAGACAAAGUAUCCGGACUAUGAGUUCAUCAGCGAUAACUCCAUCUCGUGGUCAGCGGGCCUUCACAACCGUUACACCGAGAACUCGCUGAGAGGCGUCAUUCUGGACAUCCACUUCCUGUCUCAGACGGACUUCCUGGUCUGCACGUUCUCCUCGCAGGUUUGCCGUGUAGCCUAUGAGAUCAUGCAGACACUCCACCCGGACGCCUCCUCUUAUUUCUACUCCCUAGAUGACAUUUAUUAUUUCGGAGGUCAGAACGCCCACAAUCAGAUCGCCAUCUACCCGCACCAGCCACGCAACAGCGAGGACAUUCCUCUGGAGCCUGGCGACGUGAUCGGCGUGGCCGGCAACCACUGGGACGGAUACUCCAAAGGCAUCAACCGCAAGCUGGGACGCACAGGCCUCUACCCCUCCUACAAGGUCAAGGAGAAAAUUGAGACGGUGAAGUACCCGCUGUACCCCGAGGCAGACAAACUGCUCAACUCUCAAAACAAGUAAAAAAAAAAAAGGAAGAUAGUAGGAAAAAAAAAAAGAAGAAGAGUAUGGAGAAACAUGUAGUCUCCGGUUCCAGGGAAGGAGGCUGCCUUUUUUUUGUACAGAAGAAAGAGGCGUACACGCUGCGCUAAGCUGAGAAGAAAAGAAAAAGCCUGCACCCAGGGGUGAUAGGAACAAAAUGCACUCUGUAUGUGUGUGUGUGCGUGCGUGCGUGUGUGUGUGAGUGUGUGUGUGUCUGCGAAUGCGUGUGCGUGCACUUUUGUAAAUGCCUGUGCAUUCGUCAGGUCACGGAAGACUUGCACCCUACCACUGCUCCCUCUCCCCAGUGCCCCCCCCCCCCACUCUUCCUCCCCCGGCCUGACGCGUCGACGUCGGGUUUGUAGAGAUACGUAGACGUGAACAUUGAUUUUUAAAACAAAUCGAGAGAAAAAGAAAAAAACAAAACAAAAAAAAACAAUUGAGAUCUCCACGCAAGCGGUCCGAGCUGUCCGUCCUGAAACGACACUGGGACUACUGUAAGCCUGGCACGCCCCAGUACGAGCUUCGAAUCAACGACUGAAGAAACAAACAAACAAACAAAAAAAAUCUAAUUAUGUGUUUUGAUUUUUAUUUAAUUCUUUCCAGUGGUUUUGAUUCUAACCUUGCCUUGUUUUUUUUCCUCAUGUAUUUUUCUUUGUCUUUUGUUUACUGAAUGUACUGUAUCCACUUCUUGCCAUGCUUCUCGUCAUCUCACCGUGCUUCCUCCAUUUCAUGUCAUCACGUGCAAUUAAUUUUACUGAAACCAUGAUGUGCUUUUAUCAAGUGUUUAUAACUGUCUUAAUUUUGUGCGUCUGGGGCUUGUGCAUUGUAUACUGUACAGUGUGUGUGCGUGUUUGUGUGUGUGUGUGUGAGAGAGAGAGAGUGAAAAGCAGAGAAGGAUGUGUGUGAUCAUGUGUGCCUGUGUGUGAGGUUUAAAUCUAAGGGGCCAUGUCAUGACCAUGUGCCUGGUUAUUGGUUUUCGUAUGUCUGGGUGAACGGUGUCCGGGCGGCGGCAGAGGGGACCCUGAUCGGCCCUUAGCACUUAGAUCAAACCACCAACACCUGUCACUCCACUGCUGACGAUAACAGACAAUGAUUAGGUUGUAUGAAGAGUGAUAAACUCAUGGUGCACAGAUACAUGAGCCGUCCCGAGGCUCACCAGAAAGAAGCACUCCAAUGACGAUUAUGUCCUUUUUAGGCGUUUUUUCUGCCUCCACCAUUGUCGUUUGUUUUCCUUUUUCUUUUUUCUUUUUUUUUUUUUUUUACUUUGCUGUUUUAAGAUUUUAAAUGUUUUUUUUUUUUUUUUUAAGUGCUAUGUCAUAUUAAACCUCCCCACCAUGAAGGCUUUUUUCAUAACUUAUGUUCUUGGGCAUUGUCUUUGAUAACCACAAAUAAAAAUAAACUUGAGAAACAAACACA